UUUGCGCCGGGGAGGGUGACGGGAAAUGAGGCCGCCUCCCAUUGAGUAUAAAACCUCCCAGUCCGGCCCCAGUCUUCCUCUUUCUGUUACCUGGCUUAGGGGCAGCAGCUUUGGCCGUGAAAACCCAGAAACACCGAAACUAAAACAAUGGGAAAGGAAAAGACCCACAUUAACAUCGUGGUCAUUGGCCAUGUCGACUCCGGCAAGUCCACCUCCACCGGUCACUUGAUCUACAAGUGCGGAGGAAUCGACAAGAGAACCAUCGAGAAGUUUGAGAAGGAAGCCGCUGAGAUGAGCUGGUUCAAGGGCUGGAAGAUCGAGCGCAAGGACGGCAAUGCCUCUGGAACCACCCUGCUGGAGGCUCUGGAUGCCAUCCUGCCACCUUCCCGCCCCACUGACAAGCCCCUCCGUCUGCCCCUGCAGGACGUCUACAAGAUUGGCGGUAUUGGAACUGUACCCGUCGGCCGUGUUGAAACUGGUAUCAUCAAGCCCGGCACCGUCGUCACCUUCGCCCCUGUCAACCUGACCACUGAGGUGAAGUCCGUGGAGAUGCACCACGAGUCUCUGCCCGAGGCCGUGCCCGGUGACAACGUUGGCUUCAACGUCAAGAACGUCUCCGUCAAGGAAAUCCGUCGUGGAUACGUUGCUGGCGACAGCAAGAACGACCCACCCAAGGGUGCUGAGAGCUUCAACGCUCAGGUCAUCAUCCUGAACCACCCCGGUCAGAUCGCUGCAGGCUAUGCCCCUGUGCUGGAUUGCCACACUGCCCACAUUGCUUGCAAGUUCAGCGAGCUGGUUGAGAAGAUCGACCGUCGUUCUGGCAAGAAGCUUGAGGACAGCCCCAAGUUCGUCAAGUCCGGAGAUGCCGCCAUUGUCAAACUGAUCCCACAGAAGCCCAUGGUUGUGGAGUCCUUCUCCAACUACCCUCCCCUCGGUCGUUUCGCCGUGCGUGACAUGAGGCAGACAGUGGCUGUCGGUGUCAUCAAGUCUGUUAUCCCCAAGGAAGUGUCUGGAAAGACAACCAAGGCUGCAGAGAAGGCUCAGAAGGGCAAGAAAUGAAUGGCCGUUCAGGGAAUCCAUCAACAAGACGUGUGCUGGCAGCAGCGGGCAACAUCUUCCCUUACAUCUUCCUCCCACCCUGGAUCAUCCUCGCUGAGGCACAGCUCUAUACUCAAGGACUGGCUUAUGCUGAUUAAAACCCAUCGCAAGAGUUUUCGCAGGAAAAAGAACUCUAUGGCAUUGUCACUUACCUGAAUCACAUGACAGUGCCUCUUCUCAGUUGAGUUUAAGUUGGAAAUGAUUUAGAACUGUAUCUCAAUGUUAAAAUGCCACAUUUGAUUGGAAAGAAGCUGCUGGUAACUAAUAAAAUAUUGUCUCCGAAAAAAUUGAAA